AUGGAUGAAUAUGAAAGUGUUUCACUUGUCAAACCAGAAGUUUUCGUUUUCCGCAUUCCGCCGCUCGGGAGCAACAAAGGACACAAGUUCGUUUUUAUUAUAUUGGUCAAUUAGUAUGAUCUAUUACGGUUUUUUGCGGUCAAAAAAAUCAACAAAUUAUCAGAGAGAGGUUUUUUUAAUGGCUUUCUCGUGCUGAAUGCUUAAAGGAUAUUGUUUUCGUAUGAACUAUAUCAAAAACCCGUCAUUUAAUUGCGAAGUUCAGUUUAUCAAUCAUAAUUUUUAUAGAGCAGCUGAAUGGAAUCUUGACAAACCAGAUUGGACAGGAAGGCUAAAGCUAGUCUCAAUCGGAGGCGACAAACUAGAAAUACGUCUUGAAGACAAAACCACUGGUAUCAUCGAUUUGCACAGCGUCUUUCCCAUUUCUUUUUAUCUGAAGGAGCGUUGUACGCGAAAUGCCCUAUCGACGCCUAUCCUGGUGGUCUCGCCAUUGAGCCUGUAACUGACAGCUCAAGAUAUUUCGUAAUUCGAUUAAAGGUUAUUUUUUUCGAUAAUUGUCAUUAGUGAUAUUCUAUCAGAACAGCCAAAGUUUGACCUAAACUCCUAAUUGGAAAAGCCUACAACUGAUAGAAGAGUAUAUAUUUUCUUUGAGAACGAUUCUGGUCAGUCAGCCUUUGUUGGUUGUGGAUUCUCGGACCGGGGAGACUCUUUUGAUUUGAACGUCGCAUUGCAGGUUUUUAAAUUUCUGUUUUUAACAUCGUUAAACCUUCUUAGGAUCAUUUUAAACAUUUGUCACGUGCCUGCUCUUCUGGUGGUGCAGUAGAGCCGGAAAAACCCCUACCAGAUCUUGCUUUCAGAGAAGGACAGACUAUAUCUAUAAAAAUUGGGGUAAGUUUCAUUUAUUUCUAAAACUUUCAUUCGAUUUUAUUCAAGAAAAUGGACGGAGCAGCGGUCAAACGGCCGAAAGCUACUACGGGAACAUCAACGAAUGUUGUCCCACUUUUGCCGCCUCCACCAGGACCAAAUUCUUCUGUUUCUGUGAGUUCUUUCAUUCCGCUUCCUUAAAAGCUAAAAUAUUGAUUGACCUCUUCCAUUUUCAGAAUCGGUCACGUUUUCCGCCUCCAAAUGCUCCUGCUAGUAGCUCUAACUCUAAUAACCUCUUGUAAGUUUAGGGUGGUAUUCUUCGCUAACUAAUUGAAAGGGAUGAUCAGUUUCUAAUCGAUUCUUUCAGGGAUUUCUGA